UUCUCAAAAACAUUUGGCUUCUGGACGCGUUUUUUGUUUGCAGAGCCAACAGACCAUCAAUGGAGUUCAAGAGUCAACAUCAUGUCCUAAUAAUCUAAUUUUAAUGGUGAACCCCAAUUUUCUACAAUUUCGUCAUUAAAAACCCUCAUAAAAUCAAAUAAAAAAACACCCAACGCUCCCAAUCGUGCCCCUUUAAUGGAAAUCGCUUUAAAUCAAAAUACCCCACCGAUCUGACUCAGUUUCUUCACCGCUCUAAGGCUUCUUUUCGCCAUUGCCUAAAAACCAGUCCCGACAAUGAAGCCGCCAAAACUUCUUCGUUUAGUUUACCCAAAAAACCAUUCGAAAACCCAUUUUUUACAUCUAAGUCCCUUCCUCUUCUUCACCUUCUUUAUCCUCCUUCAAGCCUCCUUAAUCCAUGCUGAAAUCCCAUUAGAGUACAUCAAACACUGUAACGGCGUCGUUCCGGUAUCUCCGGCGGAGCCUACCACUCUUUUUCCCAGCCCCACCACCGUUUCUAACAACCUCGACUUUAAAAUUGGGUAUUUCAGUGGCGGAGACUCCAUUUUUUUCCAAUCAAAUACCGCCGUCGAUGUGCCCAAAGCAGCUACGUUUAGUGCUCAGUUUUCUCACGACAUCUUUGGUAGUAAUCAAACCCGAAUUUAUAAAGUUCAAGGAAAGCUCGUUUUACAAAUUCCUAAAUCAUUUUCCCUUCCUUCUCCAAAUGGCGGUAUCUUAAACCCUCGCCGAGGCUUACGGCGGCAGUUCCGGAUCAGGGGACCGAAAAUCCCAGUCAUCGGAAGGGGAGCGCCAAGUUUUUCGCUUGGUGGGUUUUGGUCGGAAUCAACUGGGAGGCUUUGUAUGAUUGGAUCAGGGAUAAGCAAUGGCAAUGCAGGUAAAUUCAGGACUUUUAAUGUUGUUCUUAAGCUAAAUUACUCGAAUAAUUUCAAUGUUUCUGGUACUUUAAUCUCUGGGGCUCUUCAAAGUUUGGAUUCUGAACAUAGUUCGAGUUACUUUGAGCCUGUUCCCAUAUUGGGCAUUAGAAACUCCGAGAAUUAUGAGUUUAGUUUGGUUGAUAAUGGAAAGGAUGGUUCUUGUUUAAGUGAGGGAGAAAAUUUGGAUGUUAAUAAAGCAAAUGGGGGAUUUUGUUCAGUGGUUGUUCAACGUAAGAUUAGGUUUGAAUUGGAUUAUGGAAAUUGUGAUCAAGUUAAUUGCAGUUUUGUCAUUAAAGAUGUUAAAUUUGUUCCUAGUUUCAUGUUCUUUAAGCAUAUUAAGUGUGUGGAUAAAGGGAAAAUGCAGGUUUUGUUGGGUUUCCGGAACUCGAGUUGGACCCGUAAUUAUUUCCCUUUCGAUCCUAACAAGACAUUGAUCGGUGAGGGAGCAUGGGAUGAGAAGAAGAAUAGUUUUUGCGGUGUUGCUUGUCGAAUUUUGAAAUUUGGGAAUUCUUUGAAUGGAACAUUAAUUGGGGAUUGUUCGAUUAAGUUUAGCUUGAGAUACCCCAAGGUUUUGUCAUUGAGAAAUAGGGAUUCGAUUGUGGGGAAAAUUUGGAGUGAUAAAAACAAGGAGGAUCCGAGUUACUUUGAUAUGAUUCGGUUCAGGAGUGUUUGGGAAGUAUCACCUGGGUUAAAGAAUGUUCCGGGUUUAAGAUACGAGUAUACCGAGGUUGACAGUGCUAGAAGAGUUUAUGCAAGUAAGCAUGUUGCCGAACACAAGGGAAAGACAUACCCUAAUGCUGAUUCGAUAGAUAUGAGAUUUGAUAUGUCAGUGAUAGAUAGUAAAGGAGAGUCAGCAUGGGGUAUUGCGAACCCAAUGUUUGUGGGUGCUCAGCCUUACAAGUAUCAGUCUUACAGUCUUUUACCGUUGUCUUUUGAGUCAGCAAUUCCGAGCAAUAAUGAUAGCAGGCUAUUGAAUAUCAGCUAUCAGAUUAGCUACACGUAUUAUUCGAGUAACAGACCUGUUUUGGCCCAAGGAUUUGAAAUUUCUGCUGAGGGUGUAUAUGAUAGACAUACCGGUGUUCUGUGCAUGGUUGGAUGUAAACACGUAAGAUACAAGAAUCAUAGUUCGAUAAAAACUGAUUCAUUGGACUGUGACAUUUUAGUUACUAUCCAUUUUUCUCCUAUAAAUGUUGCAGAAAAGUAUCGUGUUAAGGGGACAAUUGAAAGCACACGGAUCAAGUCGGACCCUCUUUAUUUUGGACCAAUUAAUUUUUCCUCGAGAUCGUUCUAUGCUGGACAGGCUAAAGAAUCCAUUUGGCGAAUGGAUCUGGAGAUUACCAUGGUUUUAAUUUCCAAUACACUCGCAUGUCUUUUUGUUGGAAUGCAGCUUUUUCAUGUGAAGAGACACCCGGAAGUGCUUCCGUUUAUCUCUGUCUUGAUGCUCGUUGUUCUUACUUUGGGGCACAUGAUUCCUCUAUUGUUGAACUUCGAGGCCUUGUUCGUAAAAAACAGUAAUCAACAAAAUGCUUUUCUCGAAAGUGGUGGAUGGCUCGAAGUAAACGAGAUAAUAGUAAGGGCGGUAACAAUGGUAGCUUUCCUUUUGCAGUUUCGUCUUCUCCAACUCACUUGGUCCAUACGGCAAGGUGAUGAUAGCCAAAAGGGCUUUCGGGACGCAGAGAAAAAAGCAUUAUACGUAUCCCUACCUUUAUACCUAACUGGUGGGUUGAUAGCUUGGUUCGUGCACCGAUGGAAAAACUCCCACCAGACCCCGUUUCUACAACCCCAUCACAAACGGCUCCGAAUGGUUCCAUACCAAAACCGUUUCUACCAUCAAACUUCUUUCUGGACCGACUUUAAGUCUUACGGCGGUUUGAUUCUCGAUGGGUUUUUGCUUCCACAGAUUCUGUUCAACAUCUUCUCCAAAUCAAACGAAACAGCUCUUGCUGCUUCGUUUUACAUCGGAACAACCCUGGUCCGUCUAUUGCCUCACGCAUAUGAUCUUUACAGAGCUCACAGUUCCUCAGGAUAUCUCGACUUAUCGUACAUAUACGCAAACCACAAAAUGGAUUUUUAUUCUACUGCCUGGGAUAUCAUUAUACCUUGUGGUGGUCUGCUCUUUGCCAUCUUUGUUUUCUUGCAGCAGCGAUACGGAGGUCAGUAUUUACUACCUAAACGGUUUCGAAAAGAUGCUGUAUACGAAAAAGUAUCUGUAGAUAACAGUGAGGAAUUACAAGGGGAAACUGUUCAGAAAAACUUUUAUAGCUUGUGAUGCAAGUAAUGGUGGAAACUUUUUUUUUUCCAGAUCAAAUAUAGUAAACGCUUUUCGAUCA